CCCGAUUUAUCUUCAGAUCACACCCAAUGCCCACAGCCAGAACAAGGAAACGACGAUGGACAAGGUGUUCCAUCGGAACCCACGCCCGAUCUGUCACCUGAAGAGUUAACCGCACAGACAACCAGGAAAAAAAAAUUGGAAGAUAUCAUGCAGUAUGUCAAACGAACAAAGCUGAACGGAUACUUCACCCUGGAAGAUGAUCGCUUCCUCCAAAGCAUUAUCGAAAAGGCCAUGAAGCGCAGACAGGAUAAAUCAACGUCCCUCGGAAACCCGGAAAAUCUUCCACAAAUUAUUGAACUGCCCAUGUUUAAACCGGUGGUCUAUUGCGAUGAUAGUGGCAGCAUGAGAGCGAAAGAAGCGGGCAGCGACAGCAACCGGUAUGAUCGGCUGGUUAGUAUAGUCCAACGAGUGGCUCGCGUCACAACUCACUUUCUAGUAGGUAGGACACAUGUGGAUAGCCAGAUCACGCGACAUGUUGGUUCAGUCUCGGAAAAGGCAAGCCUGCUGCCAAAUGACCUCAAGUUUGGCAGCCGCGCAGGAAGCCUACCAUGUAUCGAGCUCACCGGCGACCAGAUAUUAUUGUUCCCAUUCACCGUUGGACGAUCAUAA